GCCUCAUGCCGGGAAGGAAGGGUGGGGAGGAGGAAUGAGAACGUUCCAGCGGGUGGGCUGGCGGGACCGGGACCUCGGGCUCUGCGGGAGCCCCGGGAGGACGGCGGAGCUUUUGGAGUCAGUCCCUGCGCGCCCGGCGCGCCCCGCAUGCCGGACCGGCCGAGUGAACGGCCGCCUGCCCAUCGGUCGAGUGUCGCACGCUUUCUUUUAAGUUCCAGCCACGGCGCCUUCCUCUGCCCUGUUCAGAGCGGGACUCCAAAGGGCUGCCGCUCUCCUGUCUCCACUUCCUCUCCUCCUAUUAUCGUUUUCUUUUUCGAAGUGAAUGUGUCUCUUGAGACGUAACACACAGACGGAAAAGUGCACAAAUCAUGAGCACACAGCCCAACCAGUUUAACAAAGUGAACAGCCCGUGUGACUGCCGUGAAUUUAGAACAUCACAGCCCCCAGGAGCCCCCGACCGCUCCCCCUUCCAGCCCCUCAUCCUCCCAGUGCCCAAGGGUAAGGCGGACUGCUUUGGCCUGUCUGGAACCUCACUGAAUGGAAUCACAGGCUGUACUUUUUCCUGUGCUUUGCUUACAUUGUGCCUGUGAGCCCUCCGUGUUGCUGGCAGCAGCAGUGCACCCUUUUCAUUGCUGCAUAGUGUUUUAGGAAGGUGUUUACCAGAAUUGACUUGUUCUACAGUUGAAGGGCAUUUGGAUGCCUCUCUUCUUUGGCCAUUACGGGCACAUGGCUCUGGGCAUUGUUGCUGGGUCUUGCCUUCCAGCACCUGUAUCCAUAGGUGUCAGUCGGGUGUGUACCUGGGGGUGGCGUUGCCUCUGGUUUUCUCCCGUUCCAGUCAGACUCUCACCCCCACCACUCCCACAAAUGAGCUCUGUCAUGUCCCCAGUGGCCCUUACGAUGCCACGCGCAGUGGUGCAUCCUCAUCUGAAUUGACCUCUCUGCAGCCUGUGACACAACUAACUGCUGACGCCUUGAGACCCCUCCCACCUGGCUUCUAGGACACCUCUUGGCCUCUUUCUUUGUCACAGUGUCCCUUCUGAGUCCCGCUUGGCUGGAUCCUGCUCACUUCCAACACCAGACAGACGCUGGAGCACUUCAGGGCUCGGGCCAUGCCACUGCCUUGUCCCUGUCCAUGCUCGCUCCCCAGGGUGCCCGUCUCACUCAGGCUCAUGGCUCUGCUACCCUUACCUGGCAACGGGCCCACAGUGACACCUCCAGACACGCAUGUCCAGCUGCCACUCGUUCAGCUCUCGGACAUGUAAAAGGCACCUCAAAUGUAACAUCUGACAUAGAAAACCAAACUGCUGACCCCCCAGGGCUGCCCCUCGCACUCCCCCGCAGUCUUAGUACGUGAAACUCCUUCCUCCUCUGCUGCAUGGCCCACAGGCAAACCUUCCUGCCUGGUUUUCACAGUACAUCCCAGAUCUGCCCGCUCGUCAGCCCCACCUGCUGACACCCUGAUCCCAGCCACCUGGGGCCCUCCUACAACAGCCAGGGCGGACUCACCUGCCACCCUCUGCCGGCCUCUGGGAAAGCCCUCCUGCCCGAGGCGCGGCCCGCGACCCCCUUGCGCCUGCCGGGCCUUCGCGCUUGCUCUUCCUCCCGACGGCGCUUGCUCUUCCUCCCGACGGCGCUUGCUCUUCCUCCCGACGGCGCUUGCUCUUCCUCCCGACGGCGCACGGCUCUCCGUCCCGCUUCCUGCAGCCACUGCUCCCAUGUCACCUCUCCGGUGGCCUUCCCCACCUCCUGCUCUUGCUUCCUGCACAGUCUGUGUCUGUUUGGUGGACCGGCUGUCUCCCUGUUCUAGAAGGUAGGCUCCGUGAGGGCGGGGCUGUCUCUCCCACUCCUGCUUCCCCAGCACCGGCGCCGGCAGGGAGGCCCACCUGGCGGCCUACCUGGCAGAUGUGGCUCGGGGAGCAGCUUGCUUGGGCUCUUCGGCCACGUUCACGGUCUCAGGAUGCUGCCGACAGCCACGACGGAAGCUAAGUAGAUGUGGUUUAACAGGACGAGGCUACUGAAUUUUCCAGGCUGUCCAGUAAAAUGCCGCGUGGGGAUGCGAAGGGCCCCCGGGACCCUGAAGUGCUGCUGCGCUCAGUGCGGCGAAUCCUUCGCGCCUCCUCUCUCUGCCCCCAGGUUCCCGUUCAGCCGCCCGGAGCUGCUGAAGGAAUGGGUGCUGAACAUCGGCCGGGGCGACUUCGAGCCCAAGCAGCACACGGUCAUCUGCUCCGAGCACUUCCGGCCCGAGUGCUUCAGCGCUUUUGGGAACCGCAAGAACCUGAAGCACAACGCGGUGCCCACGGUGUUCGCCUUCCAGGGUCCCCCCCAGCUGGUGAGGGAGAACACAGAGCCUGCCGGCCCGAGUGGAGGUGCUGCUUCUGAGAAGGGAGAGGUCCUCCCUGAGACGGGGGCCGGGGAGGGCGGCCCAGGGAGGAAGGUGGACACGACGCUAGAAGCGCCACAGCUGACCCCGGACGCUGGAGGCCCCGGAGCACAGGUCCCGCCACACAGACCGGAAGCCACUGGGGUCCCUGGUCAGCCGGCCAGCCCCACGCAGCCGUCCGAUCACAGCUACGCCCUUUUGGACUUAGACGCUCUGAAAAAAAAACUCUUCCUGACGCUAAAGGAAAAUGAAAAGCUCCGCAGGCGCCUGAAAGCCCAGAGGCUGGUGAUGAAGAAGAUGUCCAGUCGCCUGCGUGCCUGUGGCGCGGGGCAGCCGGGACUCCAGGCCAGGCUGUGGCCGGGGCAGCAGAGCUGAGCCCGCCAACUGGGCCUUUUCUGCCGAGCUGCCGCCGGGAGGAGGGGCAGUGGUCUCGGGGCUCUGGCCGUGGGCGGACCUUUCAGUCCUGCCCUGACAUUCGGCCGGCCACCUCGUGUGAAGUGUAGUGGCCUCAGGCUGGGAGGGGCGGGGCCGUGAGCACUACACCGGGGUUCUCCCUCCAGCACGAGCUGGGCGAGCAUCUUUGGAACCACAGCCUGAGGAGCCAUCCUGGGCCAGUGUGGCUGGCCCUCCCCAAGGGGGAGGAAACGCGUUUCCUCGAGGGGUAGCUGGGCCCAGGGGGGCCGUAGGGCGCUGGCACUCUCCAAGGCAGCGAGUGGCCCCGUCGCCUGGACGGCCGGCUCUCUAAGUGGCUGAGGCUGGCUUCUGUCCUAGGAGCAACCCCCUGCCCGGCCGGGUGUGAGUGAGCAACAUAAUAAAGUGUCUUCC